CCGGCGUUGCGUCGUUUUCGUGGCGGUUUGUGUAUCGUGCGGAUUUCAAUAUUUGUCCCAGUUGCAUUUUUAUCGAAUAAGCCGACCGCGGCUGCUUUCAUAAAUAUCAGCUCGAUUUUUUUUCUCAUUUUCGUCAGGGUAUUCCUAAGACUGUACUGUAAUAAGGAUCCUUUGGGGCUUCGCCCAGGCUCGACUCCUUGCGACUCAGCUUAGCCGGAUAAGUAAGAACUACCAGGAUGGUGUACAACGCACGAAGCGGUGGCGGCGGCCGGUACGAGGGCGGUGGCGGCUACCAGCGGCGCGAGUCGAGCCAGCGCCGCUCCGGCGCCAGCAGCCAGUUCGGCGCGCUGGACCCGGCGCUGGGCAGUGGCGGCGGCGCGCGCCAGUCGUUUGGCAGCACUGGGCGCCAGUCGUUUGGCAGCACUGGGCGUCAGUCCUUUGGCAGCGGCGGGCGUCAGUCGUUCGGCGGCGGCCCGGGACCCAGCGUCAGCCCCUGGGCCACCGGGCAGGGGCCCAACCGGAACAGCUGGGGCGGCGGAGCCGGACCGGACGUUGGUGGUCGUGGCGGGCCCGAUGUGUUCUCGCAGCUGGGCCCCGUGCCGGGCGGCGGAUCCAACGAGACGCUCAACAUGGCCACCCAGCUGGUGUCAGCGCUGUUGGAGAACCAGCGCCAGCGCGCGCCGCAGCCGUUCGGACCGCCGGGCCCAGCACCGGCUCCGUUCGGCGCGGCCGGCGGCGGGUACGGGGGCCGCGGCGGCGCUGGAUAUCGCAGCGGCAGGAGCAGCUUUGACGGCGGCCGCGCGGACUUCGGCCACCGGGCCGACUAUAACGCCAAGUAUGACAGGCGCGGCGGAGAUGCGUUCGCCAGCCCGGCUCGCGGCCGCACCACGUACCGCGGACGGGGUGCCACCAGUGUGCGCAGCCGUCCGUACAACCGCAGCGCUCCGGCCACUGCCGGCCGCACCGCCACCAAAACAUCGACGGUCAAAAGCGCUCCGGCUAAGAAGAAGGAGACCAAGAAGACGGUGAAGACGACUCAGGAGGCUCUCGAUGAAGCCAAGGCCGCCGCUCUGGAGAAGGAGAUGGAGGCCGGCGACGACAAGGAAAAGCAGGGUGCCGAGGGCGCCGACCUGAUGUCCAAGGAGGGGGCCGAGGGCGCCAAGGAAGGCGAGGCUAAGGAGGGAGAGGCCAAGACCGACGGCGAAAAGAAGACCGACGGUGAGAAGAAGGCCGACGGGGAGAAGACCGACGCCAAGGAGGGCGACGCCAAGAAGACCAAGCCCGCCAAGCCUCAGCGCGAGAAGAUCCUGCCCGAGUACCUCAACUGCACAGUCUGCAACGUCAUGAACAUGAAGAGCGAGCAGACGUUCAGUGAGCACACGCGCGGCCGCCGCCACCAGCAGAUGAUGGAGCUGAUGGAUUCCAAGCUCGAGCAGACGGCCAAACUGAUCCGGAUCGAGGUGCAGGUGGCGGCACGCCGCGCCGAGCAGGAGGCGCAGCGCCGCCUCAACGGCAAGAUGCCCAAGGAGACCGGCUUCUGCGGCAUGUGCAACGUCAAGGUCUACAAGGAGAUCCAGGACCACCGCUUCAACGAUCCGCUGCACUCCAAGCUGAAGAAGUUCCUGCACCCGCGCUGCUGCGGUAUGGGAUUUGAGACUCCCGUCCUGUACGAACGCCAUCUGAUCUCGUUCGCUCACUUCCGGAAAUGUCAGCAGCGCGACAAGGACCGCGCCACGGAGGCCGGUGUCAAUGCCAUGGGCGUGAUGGGAGACGCCAGUCAAGGUGUGGCCGCCGCCGCUGCUGCAGCCGCCAAGGAGAACGGCGAAUCCAAGGAGGGCGCAGGGAAACCGGCCGAGGGAGCGGAGGGGGCCGAGGGCGCGGAGAAGCCCGCCGAGGGAGCAGAGGGCGCGGCGGCAGAGGGCGCUGAGGGCGAGACUGCGGCGGCCGGCGAGGGCGCUGAGGGCGAGACUGCGGCGGCCGGCGAGGGCGCUGAGGCUGCCACUGCCGAGGGCCAGGAGGCCGCCAAGGAGCCAGAGAAGCCCAAAGAGCCCGAGAAGACCAUCGAGGACGAGGAGAUUCCGGUCACCUACGACCCGGAUGUGACGGUGGCCGCGUGCGCCGGCAAACCGUUCGUGGGCACCUACUGUUCCGUCUGCAAGCUGGUUACUCCGAACGAGUACUGGCCGGAGCACUGCCGCAGUCGGAUGCAUUACAGCCGGUUUGUGGUGGCCCGCGCCGCCAUCGACCGGGCAAAGAAGGAGGCCGCCGAGAAGGAGGAGCGCCGGAAGAAGAAGGCGGCCGCGGCUGAGAAGGCAGCAGCCGCUGCCGAGAAGGCUGCUGAGGAUGCAGAGGUGAGCGUCAUGGAGGACGAGGCCGACCCGGAGGAGCCGGCCGGGGGCGAGGGGCGCGGCACCAAGCGCGCCGCCGAGGAGGAUGAGUCGAGCGAGGCCAAGAAGGCGGCCACCGAGGAGGCUCCGGCGGAUGAGAGCGGCAUAGACAAGAUGCUGGACGAGAUGAACGAGGAGCUGGACGGCGACAAGAAGGCGGACGGUGAGGCGACCGAGGGCGAGGCUGCUGUGAAGACUGAGGGCGAGGAGCCCGCCGCUGAGGGAGAGGAGCCCGCCGCUAAGGGAGAGGAGUCCGGCGAGGCGGCCACCAAUGGCACGGAGAAGCCGGCGGAAGGUGACGCGGCCAAGAAGACCGAAGCGGCGGCAGCUGCCCCUGCCAAGACGGCCGCGGCUGCCACCCCAGCCAAGACGGCGGCGGCCACUCCAGCCAAGACGGCGGCGGCAACCCCAGCCAAGACGGCGGCCGCCCCGGCCAAGACGCCGGGCUCUGGGUCGGGCACCCCUCGCGGCAGGGGCAACCGCGGCGGGCGUGGGGGAUUUGCGCGGAGGCGCAGCCGCGGACGGGGGGUGCAGCGUUUCUAACUAGCUGAUUCUGUCUGCUGCUGCGGCCCACGGUCCCCGACCAGGCGGAGCGGGGCCGACCGACAGUAUGCGUUUUAUCGGAUCACCGACGGGGCGAAGACUGAGCGUAUGUCUCGCUCAUUCACCUCUCAUUGUUCGUACUGGAUGUAACGUGUCAUGAGUGACGGCAGGACAAUACACACACCUGUCUAGCCGA